UUUCAUCGUCUCCCUUUUCGUGCCUGUCUCCCUCUCUGCUAAAGCUUUCAUCAUCUCUUAUCUUUCUCACUUGUUAGUCUUCCCCCUUCGAUCCUUCCUUUGAUGACGAUGUCAGUGUAAGAGAAAGAGAUAGAGAGAAAGUUAAUAGAGAACCCAGAAAGAGAAACAGAGAAAAGAGAGAAAGAGAGAGAGAUAUUAAAGGCUAAACAGAGAAAAUGCAAGGAGGAGGAGGGAAUAGGAAGACGACGAGCCCGAGAAGAGGAGAAAAGGAGCCUUUCCAUGUUAUCCACAAGGUUCCUUCGGGCGAUAGUCCUUAUGUUCGAGCUAAGUAUGUUCAGCUGGUUCUAAAGGACCCAGAAGCGGCUAUAGUUUUGUUCUGGAAGGCAAUUAAUGCAGGAGAUAGAGUAGAUAGUGCUCUCAAGGACAUGGCUGUGGUGAUGAAGCAGCAAGACAGAGCUGAAGAAGCAAUUGAAGCCAUUAAAUCCUUUAGGGAUCGUUGCUCUAAACAAGCCCAAGAAUCACUAGAUAAUGUCCUUAUUGACCUAUAUAAGAAAUGUGGAAGAACAGAUGAGCAGAUUGAGUUGUUAAAGCAGAAGCUCAGAAUGAUAUACGAAGGGGAGGCCUUCAAUGGAAAGCCCACCAAGACAGCUCGCUCCCAUGGGAAGAAGUUCCAGGUUUCUAUCAAGCAAGAGACUUCCAGGAUACUGGGUAAUCUGGGUUGGGCCUAUAUGCAACAAACGAACUAUGUGGCUGCAGAGGUGGUAUACAGAAAAGCACAGUUGAUCGACCCUGACGCAAACAAAGCCUGCAACUUGGGGCUAUGCCUAAUGAAGCAGGCGAGAUACGAUGAAGCCAGGUCUGUUCUUGAAGAUGUCCUGCAAGUUAGGAUUAUGGGUUCAGACGAGUUAAAGUCGAGAAAUCGUGCAGAGGAAUUGAUGCAAGAGUUGGAAUCGCUAGAGUCAACUGAUUUCUUAUCGACUCAAUUGGGUCAUCAGAAUCUAGAAGAAGUCUUCGUGGAAGGGCUUGAUCAGCUUUUGAGCAAAUGGACUCCUUUAAGAUCCAAGAGACUGCCCAUCUUUGAAGAGAUUUCUCAAUUUAGGGAUCAAGUAGCUUGUUAGAGUCUGGAAUAUAUAUAUAUAUAUAUAUUAUUUUUUUUUUCAGAAAGAAUGUGGGUCUAGUAGAUUAGAUUGAUUGCCAAGGAAGGCAAAGGGUUUUACCAACAAAUAAGGAAAAUUAUUGAGAUAGGCAGAUAUGGGUAGAUUGUAAAUAGUGUCAAAUAAUAAUGGGGCAUGUGAAUGUUUUAAUUCUCUCAUAGGUUGGUUGGUGAUCAUGGUAUCCUUGGUUCUUCUCGCAAGAACUUGAACAAUAAAGCUGGUAGUUAUAGCUGCUUUGUCUCU